CAGGAGUUGUGUGUGUGUUUUUAAAAAGAGGACUGACGGACCCAAAGCAGGAAGAAGUGUGGCUUGCCGGACUGAGGCUCAGAAACAGCAAAUCAUGGCUUCAGUGUUUAUGUGUGGAGUUGAAGACUUUCUUUUCAGUGGGAGUCGCUUUGUUUGGAACUUGACAGUGUCAACGUUAAGGAGGUGGUACACGCAGAGAGUGAGGGGAUGCCACCAAGCGCUGAGAACGUGGUGUGGCAUAAGGGACGUUUAUCAGAUGACAGAAGGGAGACACUGCCAGGUACAACUUCUGGAUGACAGGAAGUUGGAGCUGCUGGUUCAGCCUAAACUUUUGUCGAGGGAAUUGUUGGAUCUGGUGGCUUCACAUUUCAACCUCAAGGAAAAGGAAUAUUUUGGGAUUACAUUCGUAGAUGACACAGGUCAGAAUAUCUGGCUACAGUUAGAUCACAGAGUUCUGGAUCACGAUUUGCCCAAGAAACCAGGUCCGGCAACGUUGUUUUUUGCAGUCAGGUUUUACAUUGAAAGCAUUUCCUUUCUGAAGGACAAGACCACAGUAGAGCUUUUUUUCCUGAAUGCAAAGUCCUGUGUACAUAAGGGGCAUAUUGAGGUGGAAAGUGAGACCAUCUUCAGAUUAGCUGCUUUGAUUUUACAGGAAGCUAAAGGGAACUACUCCAGUGAUGAAAAUGCAAGAGAAGAUCUAAAGAACUUGCCUGCCUUUCCUACUAAGACUCUGCAGGAACACCCUUCACUCGCCUAUUGCGAGGACAGAGUCAUUGAACAUUAUAUAAAAAAUAAGGGGCUGACCAGAGGACAAGCGAUUGUUCAGUACAUGAAAGUGGUUGAAGCUCUGCCUACAUAUGGAGUCCAUUACUAUGGAGUAAAGGAUAAACAAGGGAUCCCUUGGUGGCUUGGGAUCAGUUAUAAAGGAAUUGGACAGUACGAUUUACAAGAUAAAGUCAAGCCUAGAAAAUUAUUUCAAUGGAAACAGCUGGAGAAUCUCUAUUUUCGUGAGAAGAAAUUUGCUGUUGAGGUUCAUGAUCCUCGCAGAAUUUCAGUGUCAAGAAGGACUUUCGGACAGAGUGGCCUCGUAGUGCAAACCUGGUAUGCAAACACCUCUCUGAUCAAAUCCAUCUGGGUUAUGGCCAUCAGCCAACAUCAGUUUUACUUGGACAGAAAACAAAGCAAAGCAAAAAUUCCCUCAGCCAGAAGCUUGGACGAUAUCGCAAUGGACCUGACAGAGAUAGGAACGCCAAAGGUUUCGAAACUAGAAGUGGUGGAGGCAAAGAAUCAACUUAUUAUGGCCAGCAACGGUAGCUUAAUCUCUUCAGGGUCUCAAGAUUCGGAGGUCAGUGAAGAACAAAAGAAAGAGAAAAUCUUGGAACUGAGACAGAAAGAGAAGCUUUUGCAGGAGAAGCUUCUGCAGAAGGUUGAGGAGCUGAAGAAGAUCUGCCUGCGGGAGGCGGAGCUCACUGGAAAAAUGCCACAGGAAUAUCCUCUGAACACAGGAGAAAAACCUCCUCAGGUCAGAAGGCGCGUAGGCACCACGUUCAAAUUGGAUGGCAGCCUGCUUCCCAGCGAGGAGGACCCAGCGCUGCAGAAUCUGGAGAGCGACUUCUUCAUACAGCAAAAGCUGGUCGAAGCGGUGAAAAAACUCGCUGGCGAGCCAGACCUGUGCAAAAAUGUGAAGAAGAAAAGGAAGCAAGAGUACACGGAGGCUGUGAAAAAGCUUCAGGAGACUGAAAAUUCCAUUAAUGAGUAUCGGAUUAAGUGUGGGAAGAAGCCUGCACAGAAGUCAACCCUGACCUUACCAGAAGAAACCAUCCCAUCUGAGAGCAGCUCUCUAUCUGAUACUACGACAUUUGACGAUGGCAGUGAUUCCCUUGCUGUGCCAGGUCAACGAAUAAACUCUGUCCCACUUUCUCCAAAAACUCCACCACCGAAGUCUCUUGGGGUGGAGAGAAUCCAUCUCAGGAAGUCUUCCAUGAAUGAGCAGCUCCUGGAAUCCAGACACUCCAGAUAUUGGGAUGGUGGCCACAUAUUGGAUUCCUCUGUUUAUAACCACAGAGAUCCCUUGUCAACCCAUAGCAGUCCAUACAGAACAGUGGAGAGACAGCACCAUGGUGGAAGAAGUAUGCCCACAACACCAGUUCUCACGCGCAAUGCGUACAGUAGCACUCAUUUGCAGCCAGAUACGUCCCUGCAACACUCCAGGCAGCGGAGUGGCAGUUUAGAGUCCCAAACCAACUUACUGUCUGAGACUGCCAGCGAAAAACCAGUGUUCACCCUUUCAAAAUCCCAGAGAAGCAGCAGUACAGAAAUCCUAGAUGAUGGGUCCUCCUACACCAGCCAGUCCAGCGCGGAAUACUAUUGUGUGACCCCAAAUCGAAGCCCCUAUUAUACCACCCAGACUCUUGACAACCGUACCAGAAACAGGAGACGGUCCAAGAAACAGAACAUUUCUACUUCCAAUUCGGGAAGCAUGCCAAACCUUGCCCAGAAGGACCUCCGCAAUGGUGUCUACCAAAAAGGUCAAGGUCAGCCACCAGCCAACUGCUACAUUACUGGCUAUGCCCCUUACACGGAAUGUGAUCCGUAUUACAAUAGUGGCUAUGUGUAUGAGAACGGCACAGAGGGCCAAUACACCGUCAACCCUUCCUACCGCUCAUCGGCACACUAUGGAUAUGAGCGCCGCUAUCGAGAAUUCAGGUCUUUCCAUGAAGAUGAGAUGGAGAGAGUGCCGCACAACCCAUAUGCCACUCUGCGCCUGCCGCGGAAGCCAUCUGUGAAAUCUGAGCACAUCACCAAAAAUAUUCACAAGGCCUUAGUAGCAGAGCAUCUUCGUGGAUGGUACCAGCGCGCCUCUGGGCAGAAAGACCACGCUCUUGGCCUGCAGACAGGCUUCGAGGUCGACAGAGGGUCACAGAGGAGCUUGGGCUUUCCUGGACUUCAAGUACCAUGUUGUCCAAGUAGUCGUGCGUCAUCUUUCUCUUCAGCAUCUUCUACAAAUGCCUCUGGGAAGUGGCGAAAUCAGGUUGCACUAGGACUUUCUGAUUGCGACACGCUGUCUCAGUCCUCUUAUAGCAGCUGCUAUGGGAAUGUAUAUGGCAACCAGCAACUACAGAGCAGGACGUAUGCUGAGAGAAGCCAGUUGGACAGCAGCGACAGGAGCCAGUUGGAAGCUGAACUGCAAGACAGUGAGCAGAGACUGUUCUGGCAUGAGGAUUCAAAGCCUGGGACUUUAGUAUGAACUCGUCUUCUGCUUCAGUUACCCCAUGUGCCUUGCACCUUAUGUUCCUGCAAAAACAUCCUUCCUGGUGCAACUAAAAAAAAAUGAGGAUUGGUAUGGGAGGAUAAAAAGUGUUCAGCGAGAAAAAAGCUGCAAAACCUCAUCCAGGCUGGCACAAUAAUAACGAAUCCAAGUAACCCAAACGAAGAAAGGGAGUCUCAACAGUCUGGUUUUAAAUCUCCUACCACAAAAUGCAAGCUUUGGCUGAAGUAUUUUGGAAAGCACUUUUUUUAGAAGAAUGGGGGGAGCUGUUGCCGUUGCAAACUUCCACCAAAAAAAAAAAUGUGAAAAGGAGAUUCUUGUUGAGACAUUUUUAGGAGCACAAUUGAGAGAGACAGAAUUGCAGUGUUGGAGUCACUCCUGCCAUAGCACCUGCUGAUCAAGAAAAGGACUUUGAGAUCUAUUGAAGGACAACAUGAGCGUGUGACCAGAGUGGAAGGUUGACUUUCAAUUGCAGCAUUACUUGAAGGAUGUUUGGGUUUUUCAACAGUAUUUUGAAUGAGGUUAAAGAGGUUACAGAUGUUUUUAAGGUGUGCUGUCUUGAACAUGUCUCUUACACUAAGCACCAUUGGGGUGGGGGGAAGCAGCAGUUGCACAUUGCAAUGUACCACAUAAAGCUGAGCCUGCCAAGGUAGUUGUUUUUUGGGAAGUGGGAGCAGGCAGCUUCACGCUGCUUCUAAGAUUUUUUUAAAAAACGUAAUUUUACACUUUUUCUAUGAUACGUUUCCAUUUAUGCAAGGAUGCAUGCCAGGUUUAACACGGAAUGCACUGAGAAACCACUUGGGGUGCUUCUAGAUAAUGCCUUUAUUGUGCAAUCGCCCUGCCUCAUUCAUGGAAUUUUACGGGGGUUCCAGAUGACGUCUUCCACCUACGAUCCUCCUGUGUUUCCCCACUGUUUCUUCUGUCUUUUUAAGGAGGAAAAGACGGAAUAGCCGCACAAUGUUGUUUGAUUGGUAGUGCUAGGACUCCUGCAUCUGGAAGCAUCCUUGGUUUUGAUAAGUUUGCAACAAAGUGAAAUACCGAUGUGACAAGAUGUCUAACGCACUGAACACUUUGGUUCAUGCUGGCCAGUGUUAUAUAUAUUUUUUCUUUUAAGAUGGAUGCAAAUGCAUUUAACAAUAACACCAAGCUGGUGCCUUAAAAUCGAAGGGCAUUUUAAGAGUAAAAUAAGUUAUCUGAAAAGCACUGUUAAGUUGCUUGCCCCAGUUGAAGAAGUCAGGAGCACAGCAGAGGGCUGUGUACCCAUUGCUGCUCUCUCCUCCAUCUUCAAGAAGUGAUCAGUGGUGAUUAUCUGUUGGUCAGAGGACAGAGAGUAGGAGAAAGAAGUACCUAGAUUUAAUCCAGGCUGGCGGUUGAAUUGAAUUGAUUUCUGACAGUGUGCAUCACCAUUAGGUGAUUCAGUUGCUGAAGAAAUGUGACCCUACCCUGCUCUGGAAUCCAAGAAUCUAAUUAAUGAAUGGAAGCUUGUUUCCAUGUGUGGUUUGGGUUCUAUAGAUUGGGGCAACCAAGUGAUAAAUUAGCAUUUUCACUAAAUCAGUAAAUAUUAGUUUGGGUGCAAAGUCAACUUUUCUGGGAGGGUUCAGCCUACCUCAUAUCAUCUACUUGUAGGAACAAGUUAGCUAAGAUUAUGUAGUGUAAUUUUGCGAACUGUAAACAAAUACUUUGUUUCUCAGCUAUUCUGUGCUUCAGGAUGCUAUACAAUGGUGCUCUUUGGGGAUCUUUUUUAUUAUUAAAAACAUAGGAUGCAUCACUCCUUGUUCAUAUUGUGAAUAGAAAAGUUUCUGAACAAAUGUUUUUGGACCUUUUUUACUGAUACUCCAAAGCAUGUAAAAAUAAUUCUAUAAAUAUAUAUAUAUAUAUAAUUAUACAGAGAGAUUCUGAAUUUCUUAAGCUGGUCCUUAGUCAUUUGUAUUAUUAAAGUUAAAGUUUGGAAUAAACAUGGAAAAAUUUAAACAAAAAAAUAAUUUAUUGCUUUUGUGCAUAUUUGUAUAGCUGUUUAGAAACAAGAAAAUCUUUUUUGCUUAUUCUUUUACUGCUCCUGACUUUUUAAAGACCUAUGAUUUUGAAUAGGUCAAUAAACUUAAAAGUAUGCUACUAAA